AUGGCUCCCGCUGGAAAGAAGGGUAUUCUGGAGCGCCUGGAUGCUGGAGAAGUUGUAAUCGGUGAUGGGGGUUUUGUCUUCGCUCUUGAGAAGCGGGGUUAUGUGAAGGCAGGGCCGUGGACUCCUGAAGCAGCUGCCGAAAACCCUGAAGCUGUGAGGCAGCUGCACAGGGAGUUCCUCCGGGCUGGUUCUAAUGUUAUGCAAACCUUCACUUUCUACGCCAGUGAUGAUAAACUGGAGAACAGGGGCCACACUCAACGCUUCACUGGACAGCAAAUCAAUGAAUUCGCUUGUGACCUGGCCAGGGAGGUGGCCAAUGAAGGAGAUGCUCUGGUGGCAGGAGGCGUCUCCCAGACUCCUGCAUAUCUCAGCUGCAAGAGUCAAGAUGAGGUCAAGGCGGUGUUUAAGAAGCAGCUGGAUGUGUUUGUCCAAAAAAAUGUGGACUUCUUGAUUGCAGAAUACUUCGAGCAUGUAGAGGAGGCAGAAUGGGCUGUGCAGGUUCUGAAGGCCACUGGGAAACCGGUCGCUGCUUCUCUGUGCAUUGGACCAGAUGGAGACCUGAACAAUAUCAGCCCAGGAGAGUGUGCUGUUAAACUCGUCAAGGCUGGAGCUGACAUUGUUGGCAUUAACUGUCACUUUGACCCUGAGACUUGUGUAAAGACCGUCAAAAUGAUGAAGGAGGGAGUGGAAAAAGCCGGCCUUAAAGCCCACUACAUGUGCCAGCCUUUGGCUUACCAUACUCCAGACUGUAACAGACAAGGCUUCAUUGAUCUGCCAGAGUUCCCUUUCGCCCUUGAACCAAGAAUCUUGACCAGAUGGGAUAUGCAGAAAUAUGCCAGAGAAGCCUACAAUGUGGGCAUUCGCUUCAUCGGAGGCUGUUGUGGUUUUGAACCUUAUCACGUCCGAGCCCUGUGCGAGGAGUUGGCAACUGAGAGAGGCGUUCUUCCAGCUGGUUCAGAAAAACAUGGCACAUGGGGAAGUGGCCUGGAGAUGCACACAAAGCCUUGGGUCAGAGCUAGGGCUCGCCGCGACUAUUGGGAGCCGUUGAAGCCUGCGUCUGGUCGUCCCUUUUGUCCAGCCUUGUCUUUGCCUGAUGGCUGGGGAAUUACUAAAGGUCAUGCUGAUCUUAUGCAACAAAAGGAAGCCACAUCCAAAGAACAACUGAAGGCCCUCUUUGACAAAGCCAAGCACUAA